GGCUGCGCAUGCGCCGCAGGCCGCUGGGUGAAAGAUCGCAGGUUCCGGAGCGGUUUGCGGCGUGCUGAGAGGUCCACGUUGCUGCAGUCGGCUUCUGAUCGACCUGCUGCUCUUCACCUGAGGGAGGCUGAACCACCUGCUGCUUAGAUAGGAUGAAACAGGUGGAGGAGAAGGAAGAAGCGUCUGUAUACCAACGGGUCGUGUUAAAAGACGCCUCGCCCUACCACUACCUGAAGGUCCGCCUCGUGCUGGAGGAUGAGUCGACCAGACUGAGCGCAGUUGAACUGAAGCACUUCAUCAUCACCGGCCUGAAGACUCUGUUUGGAGAGGUGGGAGCAGCGUUGAACUUCGAUGUGCUGAAGUACGAUGAGGACACCCUGACCGCUCUGCUCCGUGUUUACAGCAGAGGUUUGGUGACGCUGUGGAGCUCCCUGACCCUGCUUGGCUCCUAUCAGAACAAAGCCUGUGCCUUCAGAGUCCUGCAGGUGUCUCCGUUCCUGUUGGCGCUGACAGGAAACAGUCGGGAUCUGCAGCUUGACUGAGGCUGGAGGAGUGUCGUCGUCUCUGCGAUGAGUUUCCCGUGGAGGCGCAUCUUUAAUAAAUCGUGGCUGUCUUCCUUGGC